AUGCCAGAUCAGAGAACCAAUCACCGCCACUCUACCAGUCAUAUCCACAUUGAGGAAAGGGAGAUUUACCAACAUAGCAUCGGUAAAAAGUGUGGUCUUGUGGUCAAGCUUUUGAUCUCCCGGUCUAUACGCCAAUCGUAUUUGAUCGUGCUCUCUGCCUUUGUCUUAUGGUUCUUCACAAGCUAUUCGGCAACAUUGCAUAUCACCAACAAGAACUUGAUUGAAUUACAAGCUGAAUUCAGAUCUAUUCGAGAAGGCGACAUAUCGGGGGAUAAUUCCAUGGCGUUGAAGAUUAUGGAUGAGAAAUUGAAAGAAUUAGGAAAUCAUGUCCGACGUAUACAAGACCCCGAAAACCUUCAACCCAUUUUGAAUAGGUUGCACAUGACGGAAAAGAAAGUAGAUGAGUUGGAAACGCAAGUCCAACACCUUCAACAGGUCCACGAUUACUGGAUCUCUGCCUUUUCGAUAGUCUCGCACGAUCUUGGAUUAUGGGAUGAGAUAACUACGCUUCAAGUACCUGGUCAAUUCACCCCGCUUUCCGAAACUCCUGAGUCGACAUUGAAAGAUUCCACCCAUGACAAGAUCAACAACGCGAUGCUGAACUUUCGACAGUUCCUGCAAAUGAUUGAACAUUUCAAAACCAUUGCUCAGGACGCUCUGAAGACAUGCACGAAGGACAAAGAUGGUCGUCGAGAUUUUGCAUUUAUACAGACUGGUGGUUCGGUGAUUGCUGGCCUGACCUCGAAAUCAAUCAGUCUUGAUCGUGGUGUACCCGCCCCCCUCGAGGGCCCAAGAAGAUGGGGAACUCUCUUUGCCCCCCUUAGUGGCCUUCCCUCAGUUACGUUACCCAAAAUCGUUUUGACUGGUGACGGCUCAAUUGGUGCGUGCUGGGCCUUCAAUGGCUCAAAAGGACAGCUGGGUAUUGCCCUAAGUCACCCUAUCAACAUCGCUGGUGUCACAGUCGAGCACAUUGGAAAAGAGUUGGCUCAAGAUAGUAUAGAUGCAGCCCCUAAAGAUUUCGAGCUUUGGGGUCUGGUGGAGGACAAAGAUGUGAACUCGGAAUUUUUCUUAUUCGGUGCCUUUUACAAUACAUCAAAAGCGUCAAUUGCCCAGACAUUUGAAUUUACACCGACAAAAGAUGUUUACAACAAGGUCAUCUUCAAGAUCAAUUCGAAUCAUGGAAAUCAACAUCAUACAUGUGUUUAUCGUGUGAGGAUUCAUGGAAUUAUUUUGUGA